AUGGAUGCCGACCAAUUUAGAAAGGCCGCCCACGCGGUCAUAGAAGAGAUCAUUUCGUAUAACCAAAACCUCCCCAACUACCCCGUCCUACCCAGCAUAAAACCCGGCUUCCUGGCGCCCCAGCUGCCCAGUUCAGCGCCCGAGAAGCCACAGCCAUGGGGAGAGAUUCAGAGCGACAUCGCGUCGAAGAUCAUUCCCGGCCUGACGCACUGGCAGUCUCCCAACUUCAUGGCUUUCUUCCCUGCCGGGGUGACAUACCCCUCCAUGCUGGGUGAGAUGUACUCGGCCGCAUUCACCGCGCCGGCCUUCAAUUGGCUGUGCAGCCCCGCUUGUACGGAAUUGGAGACCGUGGUCAUGGACUGGUUAGCCCAGGCGUUUGAUCUGCCCAAGGAGUUUCUGAGUACUGGUCCGAGUGGUGGGGGCGGGACGAUCCAAGGCAGCGCCUCGGAAGCGAUCGUUACUUGUAUGGUUGCCGCGCGCGAGAGGUAUCUGCACGGUAAGUGUGACGCAGAAGGACUGACGCCCGGUUCCCAGGAACGGGAGGACCGGAUCGACCAGUUGAGAAGUCGACUGGUUGCUUUGGCGACGGACCAGACGCACUCGUCGACGCAGAAGGGCGCACUCAUUGCGGGAACAAAGUAUUGCUCCGUCCCGACGAAGUUGGAAAAUGAGUUGUCCUUGCGAGCGAACGAGCUCGAGGCUGCCUUGGAACAGUGCAAAGCUGAGGGCCUAGAACCCUACUACAUCACACUCACCCUGGGGACCACGUCGACAUGUGCGGUCGACGACUUCGCCGGCCUGGCGCCGAUCCUCAAGGCUCACCCGAAUAUCUGGGUCCACGUCGACGCAGCCUACGCGGGCGCCGCACUCGUCUGCCCGGAAUUUUCCUCGAAAUACUCACCGUUAAUGGCCGUGGCGGACUCGUUCAAUAUGAACAUGCACAAGUGGCUGCUCGUCAACUUCGACGCGUCAUGUCUGUUCGUCCAGAAUCGAAACCAUCUUACCAGGGCGUUGUCCAUCUCCGCGGCGUAUUACACGAACAAGCACUCUGACAGUGGGCUUGUGACGGAUUACCGGGACUGGCAGAUCCCGCUGGGAAGACGGUUCCGGGCGCUGAAGAUCUGGUUCGUCGUGAGAAGUUACGGCCUCGAGGGCAUGCGAGCACAUGUCAGGAACAGCAUCAAGAGAGGCGAAACCUUCGCUGACCUGGUCCGUGGAAGGAGUGACCUGUUUGAACUCGUGUCACAGCCAAGGUUCGCUUUGACGUGUUUUCGUGUCAAGCCGUCUGCCUUGCGCUCGCAGCGUAGUACAGCAACGACCGACACAGACUUUGUGCCUCAACAAGCGGCAAUGCAACAGCAGGAACAGGACGCUAACGACGUGACGAAGCGGAUCGGGGAUCUGAUCAACGAGAGAGGCGAGAUCUUUAUCACGUGCAGCAGCACGGCAGCAAAGUCGUUUAUACGCGUUGUGAGCGGAAACCCGCUGGGAGAGGAGAAGUAUAUCCGAGGCGCCUUUGACAUUAUUGUCAAGACGACCGAGGAGGUGCUGGCUUCAAGCUCGAACGGUCAGGACAAGGGGAAGAUAAGUAAUGGGCACGCACAUUGA